AUGUCAAAACGCAAUAGUCUUACAAAAUCUAAAAAAAUUAAACAAGCGUUAGAAAGUUGUUUAGGAGAAACGUUAAAAAGCUUCAGUUAUGAAAAAGUCGCACAAUGCUAUCCAACUUUAGCUAAAGAACAGCCCGAAAGACUUCAAGAAGCUCUUUAUCAAGUUAAAGAGUUUUUAAAAACAAGCGCUGAGGAAGAAUUUAAUUCCAUUUUGGAACAGCGUAAAAUACUGGAAAAACUUGAUGAAUUUGACGAUAUAAUUGCAAAAGCCAAAAAUCAUCAAAUAGAUGGUCACAUUCCGAUUCAACCCACGCAGAGCAAUAUUAAUCCUAAAGCAAUCAUAUGCGCCAAGAUAUUACCGAUUAAAUUCGAAGAAAUGAGAAAUUUAGAACGCGAAUAUUUAAAGAUCAAUCAAGAAAAUGAAUCUCUAAUGUCUGAAAUAAGGUUCAAGAAAAAACAAAUGAAUUGCCUGAUUCAACCGAUUCAAGAGAUAAUAACUGAAAGUGAUAAGGUGGUUGAAGUUUCGGCUGAGAUUCCAGUGAAUGAAAUGCAAGACAUAAUCGAUGAUGUUAUAAAAUUAUAA